AAAGCUAAAAUCGCUCAGUUGUGGCUUUAACCGUGUCCGACUGAACUUGAAAAAUCGCAGAACGCACUCUCAAAUCGGUGAAACAAAAACGUUGCGAUUAUUUAAUGAGACACGUCGAAAGCACUCGAGUAAUUAAUUUUGGUUUAUCAUUUUUAUCUCGGUUUAUCACAGCGUCUCGAUUUAAUCGCGCGAGAGGAUAGAAUGAAAGAGAAUCACUUGUUUAAGCUAAUUUUGCACGAGUGAGUGGAUUUAUUGUGCAAACAACUUCGCGAGCAAACACACAUGCGUCCACUUUUUCCUGAAGACCGUGACACACUUUGCAGAACUGAACCCAGGUCGCCUAACUCCACACAAAAAUGGACGCUAUUGGGGGUAGCUGCUACAGUUUGAACAUUUUAGAAAAUGAGAAAAAAAUCCGAGAGGAGAAGGAACGUGAGGACAAAUUCAACGAAACUGUGGGCAGCAGGGGCUCAAUCAGUCGCUAUGAGGGUAAAAGCUUCAAAACUCUGCUCCCUCAAAUGUUGGCCGCAGCCAUCGGGGCCCUAUUUCACGUCGUGGUCGGAAUCUCAUUUGCUUACUCUGCCAUUCUUUUACCUCAACUCAAUGCUGAAGACUCGGACCUCAAGAUCACCAAAGAUCAAGGAUCAUGGAUCGCCAGUGUUGUCACAAUUACGAUUCCAGUAAGUGGAAUAACUUGCGGUUUUUUAAUGGAUAGUAUUGGUCGUUUGAAUACAGUUAAACUGGCGAUGAUACCAGCAGUUGUUGGAUGGAUAAUAAUCGCGACAUCGAAAAGCGUCCUCAUGAUGAUUAUAGGUCGAAUAAUCACAGGAUUCGCAGCUGCUUGGGGCACAAGUCCUGCCAUGGUCUACAUUACCGAGAUAGCCAGAGCCGAUAUGCGUGGAUCUUUGAUGUCUUUCGCACCGGCUUACACUUCGUUAGGUGUCGUUUUGGCCUAUUUCGAGGGCUGGCUGAUGAACUGGAGGACCGUGGCAUGGGUUUGUCUCGUCUACGCUAUCCUGCCCUUCAUUUUGGUUAUGUUUAUCCCCGAAAGUCCCGCUUGGUUGAUAGCCAAAGGUCGGAAUGAACAAGCGAAGAAAUCCAUUAAUUGGUUAAAUAAAUACCAACCACGAGUGCCAAGUAAAAAUGAUCAAACUUUUGCACAAGUGCAAUUCGAAUAUUUGAUUAGAGAACACGAAGAAAAGGAAAAAGCGAAAAUUAACAGUGGAGGAUUUGUGGCAAGAGUGAAACAACUGUUGAAACCAACUGGUUAUAAACCCUUGCUGAUUCUUUUGGGCUUGUUUGUGUUUCAACAGUUUUCGGGGAUUUACAUCACGUUGUUCUACUCAGUUAACUUCUUCCAGGAGGUGGGCAGCGGCCUCGACCCCUACUUCGUAUCAAUCCUCAUCGGCGGCGUCCGCUUCCUCAUGUCCAUCAUCAACACCUACAUGCUCAAAACCUUCGGCCGGCGAACCCUCAUAAUCUACGGUUCUCUAGCCAUGGCUGUUUGCAUGUUCGUCUCUGGACUUUACACUUAUUGGAUUAAGGACGGCGUCACGACCUUAAACUGGGUGCCUGUGGUGGCCAUCCUCUUAUACGUCGUCACCUCCAUGGUGGGUCUCCUGUCCAUCCCAUGGACCAUGACGGCCGAACUCUUCCCCAUCGAAAUACGAGGGAUGGCCCAUAGUAUCGUCUACAGCACGGCCUACUUCAUCAUGUUUUUGUCGAUUCAGAGCUACAAUACGCUCAAGGAGACGUUUAAUGGCGUGGCGGGACUUCAGUGGUUUUUUGCAGUUACUUCGUUGGCUGGCCUGGUUUAUGCCUACAUUCUGCUACCGGAAGCGCACGGGAUCAAGUUGGCCGAAAUCCAGGAGUAUUUCAUGUAUAAUAGUGUUUAUAUAGGCGGGAGGAAAACUAAGAAGAGUGUUGAGAGAAGGAACGAAGAACAGAAAGAAGAACUAAUGAAAAACAACGUUUGAUAUUUAUUUUUGAUGACAAUCAGGUUGCAAGACUGGUAAUUUUAGAUUCUUAUUAUUUGUUUUAAAAUAAUUCUGUGACAACUUUAGUAACAAAUAAAUGAUGUUAUAUUGUUUGUUUA